UGGAUCUGCCUACAGUUCUGGAGUUGUGUUAAAAUUGGUUUCCAAGUUUAACGUAUCUACAAUCCAAACCAGUCGUAUUUUGCGGUGAUUAACCCCAAGCAUAAGUAGUUAUCACUACCACAGUUAUAACCUCGCCAACAGCUGAGGACAGUGCCAGGGGAGACCCUUUUCGAAGGACUACAAACUUCACCACACCUACUCGUCAAUGGCUUUUGCACAUGCGUUAUAAUAGUAGCACGGCGGCACUCGGCUUCGGUGACUGGUCGACACUGAAUGGUAACCAACUGAUUUCAGUUUCAAAAUGAUGACAUUUCUGCCUAAACUGUUGCUGCUAGUGCUUCUGGUUUUCCCGGCAACGGUCCUUAUCAACGGGCUGGUGGUGAGUGCCCAGGAUCUGACGGAGGAUGAGGAGGCUGAGGCUGUGGAUGAAGAUGUUGUGGAUGAUGUAACAGCUGAGGAUGAGGAUGAUGAGGCAGAGGUAGAGGAUGAUGACAACGCAGAACUGAUGGAAGACAAAGAAGAUGAAGAAGAAGAAGCGCUGGUUGGGGAGGUGAAGGCUUCUCCUAAUGCCGACACCACAAUCCUGUUUGUCAAAGGAGAGGACUUCCCUGCCAACAACAUCGUCAAGUUCCUGCUCGGCUUCACCAACAAGGGAUCAGAGAACUUUAUUGUGGAGUCUCUGGAUGCCUCUUUCCGUUACCCGCAGGAUUACCAGUUCUUCAUCCAGAACUUCACUGCCCUCCAGCUUGGCACUGUGGUUCCCCCCAGCAAACAGGCCACUUUUGAGUACUCCUUCAUCCCCGCAGAGCCCAUGGGAGGGCGGCCGUUUGGACUUGUCAUCAACCUCAACUACAAGGACAGCAGUGGAAAUGUCUUCCAGGAUGCCGUGUUCAACCAGACGGUCACCAUCACUGAGAAGGAGGACGGACUGGACGGAGAGACGAUCUUCAUGUACGUCUUUCUGUCUGGCCUCGGGCUGCUGGUCAUCGUAGGCCUUCACCAGCUGCUGGAGUCCAGAAAGAGGAGGCGUCCGGCUCAAAAGGUAGAGAUGGGAACAUCGAGCCACAGCGAUGUCGACCUGAGCUGGAUCCCUCAAGAGACGCUCAACCAGAUCAUGCAGAGUCGCAGAGACAAGGCAUCUCCAAGAAGAUCUCCACGCAAAAGGAACCAGAAACGUUCGGCCGGCUCAGACGAGUGACGAGCUGGUGACACCACAGGGACAACCAUUGGCCCGCCUGUCUCUGUAAGAUGAGGGGGUGCUGCGAGUGGCACAUCUGAGGGCGCUCUGCCCUCUCUCCUGACAAACUGUACCCAUCGCCAAUCACAGCGAAGGCUGGCUCUAACUUUCAGCUUGAAACUGUUGAAUACACACACGCACACAACUCGGCUCCUUUUCUUUAAUGAUUACUGUUGACACGUGAGGGACAGAAGUGAAGGACAUCUUUAAAGUUUUUUUUUUUUUGGUGUGUGUGUUAGGGUUGAAUUUGCUUGUUAAAGCCAUAGUAAUAUAAUGGCUGAUGAUAUCCAUGAAAGAGUUUCUUGUAUUACUUCCCACUCGGGGGUUGGGCUGAAACAGUGAAUCCACACAAACUUAAUCUGCUGUGUUUCUUAUAAGCAGUUGUAUUUCAAGGAGCUGAGGCAACGUUAUCCUUCACCCUGGGCUCUGAGCAGUUGAUCAGCAGACUGUGUAUUUUUCAGAUCAAUUGAUGAUGUAGUUAGUGAUUUGUUGAGCCCUGAUAACAGUAGGAAUUGCAGUUUUGUUUUGUUUUUUGCAUUUUUAGAUUGUCUGCACAUUUGGUUUUGUGUGUUCGCUCUGUUGCAGCUGCUCCCACUGUCUUUGUCCUGUCUUUGCCCAUUUCACUAUAAAGAUCCCAAGGAAAGUCUGAUCCCACAUUCACACAUUACUGAUGCCAUCCUUCUGUUAAACAGUGUCGAGAACUUGCAGCCCCUUUUUGAGCCCUUUAUCCAGUUCGACAAUUCUGCAGGCUGCUUGGAAAACCUUGGGAUUACUAUGUUCAUUUUAAUUUGGUGGCCAACUGUAAUAAAGUUUUGUAACCAAGAA